AUUUACUAAUUUUGCAAAAUAUUAUAUUUUUUCAAUAUACAUUUGCCUUUCUGUUUAAGAGGAAAGAUGGUUUUAUUUUAAAUGUUUUUGUUUCAUCAUAUAUACUACAGCUAGCACUGCAUGUAGUUAAUAACGCUUUUAAAAAUGUCCUUUAUCUUAACUGGAGAAAACCAGGAAAACUUAGACCUCAGCACUUCUCUGCUGCUAUUCUGCUUUUCUAUUUUUUCUUGCUGCUAAUUGGAUUAAAAGCUGUUUGGGUUACUAUGGCAUCCGGUGAGGAGAUUACUGUCUGUGAAGAUGAAGUAAGGUCUCGGUACAGCCACUUAGAGAAGAUGACAGAUUUGGUGGCUGUUUGGGAAGUAGCUUUAAGUGAUGGUGUUCAUAAGAUUGAAUUUGAACAUGGGACCACUUCAGGAAAACGUGUUGUCUAUGUUGAUGGAAAGGAAGAAAUAAGAAGAGAAUGGAUGUUUAAAUUAGUGGGUAAAGAAACAUUCACUGUUGGAGCUACUAAAACAAAAGCUGCUAUUAACAUAGAUGCAGUCAGUGGCUUUGCAUAUGAGUAUACUUUGGAGAUCAAUGGAAAGAGUCUGAAGAAACAUAUGGAGAACAGGUUAAAAACAACCAAUACUUGGAUAUUGAACUUGGAUGGUACAGACUAUAGAGUUGUUCUAGAAAAGGACACUAUGGAUGUGUGGUGCAAUGGUCAAAAAAUGGAAACAGCGGGUGAAUUUGUCGAAGAUGGGACUGAAACUCACUUCACUGUUGCUGAUCACAGCUGUUGCAUUAAGGCUGUCAGUAGCGGGAAACGAAAGGAGGGAAUUAUUCAUACCCUUAUUGUGAACAACAGAGAAAUCCCAGAGGCUGUGGAGUAGCCUCUAGUUAACUGAUUAUUGUAGAACCAAGAUCAGGAAUUUUCAAUUACUGUGGUAAUUAUUUUACUAUGUACUACUUGGUACAUCUAGUUUGUGCUGGGUUUAUUUUCUAGUUUCUGUAUAUGAAAUUAAUCUUUUUGAGGACCAGAUGAAAAUAACUAUGUACAACCUCUUACAUUAGCAGUUUUUAAAAAACUAUGUAUAUAGAAUGUAUAUUAUAUCACUAUGUGUGGAGAACACUGGUGAACUUCAGUAGCAAUUAUACACCAGGAAAAAAUCUCAUUAUAAUAAAAUGGAAGAUAAAUAUUCAGUUACACUGAAUCCUUAUAAACUGCAAGUGUAUGUGGAGGGAGGAGAAAGCAUGUGCUGGGCAUUGGAAUAAGCUGUUAAAGCUUUCUCAAUAAUUAUUUUUUUCUGUUAAACUGACUACAAACCUUUUCAGGUGCAGUUAAGAGUUAAAAAGUUAAUAAAAAGGUUAUUAAUGAAAUACAUUGUUACCAAUACUUGUGUAACAGUAUUAAAGUAAUACUGAGUUAUGAAAACUGAUUUUUUAUUCUGAGUAGGAGCAAGAUGUUACAUUGUGCCAAAAAAAUCCUUUAGGUUUUCUGAAAACUGAUGCUGGUUAGAAAUUUUUGCAGUAGUUCAGAAACUCGGUACUGAGUUUUUCAAAAAAGCAAAUAGAAAAAGAAGAGUUCCUGCCAUGAAAUUGCUUUAAAAAAUGAAAUCUCUUGAAGCAAACUGAAAUAAGAGCUUAUGCUUGUUCAGUGCUGUCUAACCUUAAAUCUACAGCUCUGUGUUUCCAUGGCAGUAAUGUGUGAAUUGAGAAACAUGAGGAAAAAGGGAACAGAAGUAGAAAAGAAUUUGUUGCUUACAUGGAAUAGUUAAAAUAGGAAUAGACUCUAAGAGCAACCUUGGGAUUUCCUGAGAACAAAACUCACGUAUGUUAGGGGCUCACACACUACAAAACUACCUUUUGCAAAAAUAGGUAUAACUAAUGUUUAAAAUAAUAAUAAAAAAAACCCAAACGAAAUAUGAAUAUAUUAAUUUAAAAGUUUCUUUUGUAAUGGUUAAAAAAAUUUCCACUUGCAAUCUCAGAGUUCAGAAUUAGACUUUUAUAACUUAAUUUCUUCUGGACUUGUGGGUAGUUCCUAGCACUAUGACUACUAGCUUAGGAGUUGCAGGUGCAGUACAAGUAUCCUGGGAAUUCAUUAACAAAUUAUUUUGAAAAGUUUUAUAAAAUGCUACUUUCAUCUGUGUUUUAGAGAUGCACAGUGCUUCACCUGUGGGUGAAAUGCUUCUCAUAUGACAACACAGUUGUUUUUUAAAGGUUUUAUGUGAGCCCUUCUCUUCCCCAGGUAAUGACAGUUUUAACCAUAGCUGACUUCAGGUGAGAGGCUGACCUGAUACUGACAGGUGAGGUACUAAAGAGGAGCCUUUAUUCCUGUAUUACAGCAUUGUUUUAAGCUGUUUAGGUGUUUUAGGCCCAGAACUGGUGAUUUUAAAUGCUUCUGUUUGGACAAAUCUUGUAGUAGCUUUUUGUUUGGGGCAAUAGCAUUUCAAAUGCUGUAAACAUCAGGCAAAGUUUUAGGCUUCAGUACAGAAAGUUUCCAAGUACCUGAGCACAGGACUGAAUCCCCUUUGAUAGUCGAAUUCCUAUAGUGGCUCUUGGCUUUUUCAUGUGCUGGCUUCAGGUCACUGCAGAAGCAAUGUGGGCAUACCUGGCUACAAGGCUGUCAAUGUAAUCUUUAAAAGAUAUUGGUAAAGGUAAAUUAAUUGAAGAUCAAUUUCAAGCUGUAGUUUGAACCAGUUCUUUACUAUCUUGUAGCCUUUCAAAGAGAUUAAAUGUUGCUGAGAAAUCUAAAGCUCAAAUACAGUCCAAAUCACAUUCUUAAGAUUAUAUAAAAAUUACAAGUUAACUGACAGUGACAUUCAUACUUUUUAUUUUGAAUACAUGUAUCUACAAUGCUUGAAAUAACUAAUAAAACCUGCAACAGCAACUCCUGUUAGAAAUCA